AAAUAUUUGUAACUUGAGUUGUCAAAAUCAACCAGCACGUGUAGUUACGCGGUAUAUGUUAGCACUUAGUUUACUUUGCUUUUUGUGGAAAAUAUAAAUAAGAACUAAAGAUGUCUCUAAUGCGGAUAAGGAAACCGAAAACCCGUAAGGGAAAGCAAAUAUUGUUGAGCCGCGAACCGCAGCUUAUAGAGCCAACACGUACUAUGCUUUUCAUUGAUGGUCGCAAAUGCGGCGGAGAUAUAAAAUCUUGCAUGAAGGAUCUUCAGCAGCUACGUAAGCCUCUCGUAAAAAUUUUAAAUCGUAAAAACGAUAUUACUCCCUUCGAUGAUCCAUCCUCUUUGGAAUUUUUGACAAUGAAAAAUGACUGUGCGCUAUUUGCAUUCGGCUCGACAUCAAAAAAGAGGCCAAAUAAUUUAAUUCUUGGACGUCUUUUCGAAAACGAAAUAUUGGAUAUGAUUGAAUUGGGCAUAAAGCAUUACACUUCAAUGCCUGAAUUUAAAACAGAAAAAAUCGGUACAAAUGUAAAACCAUGCCUCAUUUUCAAUGGGCCACGUUGGAAUCAGACUGAAGAAUUACGCCGUCUUAGAAACUUGUUAAUAGAUACAUUCCAUAAAGAUAAAGUAGACGCUAUUCGUCUGCAGGGAGUUGAACAUGUAGUCAGUUUCACAUGUACAGAAGAUUUAACCAUCUUGAUGAGAUCUUAUAAAAUAAUGUUAAAAAAAUCGGGUCAAAAGACACCUCGUAUUGAACUUGUAGAAAUUGGCCCUUCCGCCGACUUUUCAAUUCGUCGAACAAAAAUCGCUUCGGAAGAUCUUUACAAACAGGCCAGGAAACAACCAAAACAGUUGCAACCGAAAAAGAAGAAGAACGUGACAUAUGAUGAAUUGGGAAAUACACAUGGACGUGUCCAUUUAGGAAAACAAAAUGUAACGAAGAUACAAACGCGUCGUGUAAAGGGAUUGAAGAAAACGCCAGAGGAAAAGCGCGAGAGCAGGCAGAAAAAGAAAGAACUGAUAAAAGCAGCUGCCAAAGAACUACUGAAAAAUGCAGAAUAGUAAAAAUAUGUCUAUUUAUUAUAGUAGAUUUUAAUUUUAAUAAAAUAGUUUUAAAGUUGUAAUAUUAAAA